CCAUCUAAUUUAAUAAUAAAUUGAUGAUUUUGAUGGUUAAAGUUACCAUUAUGGCUUAACUUAACUUAUCUUACAAUACAAUAGCAUUAGCUUAGUUGUUCAUUCUGUUUGUCGUCAUUACCGUAAUUACACAAUUAAUUAAUUAAUUCAUAGAUAUGUACACGCGUUGAUCAGGAAGUGACGCAUUUCCAGGUUUAGUGAGACAAUUAUUCAUCAACACAACAUACUAACAAAGCGGUAACCGUAACGUUACUGAUAUAUAUAUAUAUAUAUAUCAUUUGUAAAACAAGGUGACAUGCACACCCGAGAAUUAAUUGAUUGAUUAGCUUGAUAUGUUGGAAUUAAGACCCGACAUGCUCGACACCAACUAUACUAUAUAAGUUGCAGCAUCUGUGUGAUCAGAGAAAACGUUGGGUGCCUAGAGUUAGAAUGCUGCUGUUGUAUGAACUCGUGGUCUAUAUCAGUGUCUGCUUGUUGGCUGUUACUGGUGGAGGUAGAGCCGCACCUGCAAUUGCAGAAGUUCGUCUUACUUUUACACCAGGUCCAUGCUCAAAUGAUACACUUCGUUGGAACCGCAAAACACGAAUGCUAGAGAUAUGCAAUGGUAUUGAAUGGGUUGGAGUCAGUGGAUGUUCCAAACUAAAAGGCUCAAAAUCCUUCCCUGGAGCAUCAUGCAAAGACAUCCAGCAGCAAGGAGUUGAAGAGAAUGGCAUUUACUGGAUACAACCACCAGGAUCUAACUUUCCCUUUCAGGCUUAUUGUGACAUGCAAACAGAUGGAGGUGGUUGGAUGCUGCUGUAUGCAUAUAAACACAGAAAAGGCACUAAAUAUGAUCUCGUUACUGCAUUGCCAACCAGCCCUGAUGGAUACUCACAUCAACUGCUCAACAACAUGGGAAUAUCCACAGGGUGGACACAAGAGUUGAGAUUUUACUGUACAACAAGCCACCACAACAGAGUCGUUCAUUUUAAAACAAACAACAGAAAUAUUAUUCAAACUGCUUAUGAUGGAAAGAAACAUUUCUCUGUGUCAGACUGCAGCUCAAAACAAACUGAAAAGUUGACUGGACACACAGCACACCUUCCAGAUGCAACCAGUCAUAUUUGGGGUGGUAAUCAUCAAACAGUAGGAUUUACAGAGUUUCCUUUUUACCGUGGUGGUACCUACCAUUGGGGAAUUGCACCCAGAUAUAGUCGAUUUGAGUGUGAUGACUAUGCAAACAACUACAAUUAUGACACUCUCCACCGUGUGUUUGUCAGAGAUUAG